GUCGCGGCCAUGGAUCCCCACCCCACCCCAUUCGCAGGGAAGCGGCGGUCGGUUGCGGCGCCGGCCAAGAUAACGGCGCCCAAGCCCAAGUCCAUCGCCGCCGCGCGCACGAAGACGACGAGGAAGUCUCCCCCCGCACCUCCACAGCCACGGCCGCGGCGCGCGUUCGGCACCGUUCGCAGCAGCAAUCCCCAUACCGAGAAGCCGCCCCCGCUGCAGAAGCCUUCGAAGGUGUCUCCACCGCCACCGCAGAAGCCUGUUAAAGUGUGGCCACCGCCGGCGCAGAAGCCUUCCAAGGUGUCACCACCGCCACGGCAGAAGUCGGCGAAGGUUUCUCCUCCGCCUGUUCCGAAGCCUUCGAAGCUGUCGCCGUCAAAUCCAGUCAAGGCGACUAAGCCGUCUCGUCAGGCAGCGAAGCCCCUGAAGAAAGCCGCGCCGGGUCCGAAACUGGAUCCCAAGCCAAGGAAGAAGAGCCAACGGGUGACCUUCCAGGAGGACGCGGUAACGGCGGUGGCUGCUGCAAGCGGAGAGAAGGCGAAGAUUUCCACCGAAGACACGGCAGGGCACACGCCAAUGGUUUCAAUGAAAGCCCCCGAGAAGAAAUGGAAGGAUGUGUCCGCUGAGACGCCGUUCUUUAGUGCGCAGAAUUGCAGCAAUUGCACUCUGGACCCGCUCGAGGAGUCCACCUACUGGCUUUCACAUAUCCACCUGGCCGAGUCAGUUGGGAAGCACAGGGUUGCUGCUGCAUUCUUUCAUCUUGCAUUCGACUGCCAAGCCCAGCCAAUUCACAGGAUCCAAAGUGAGUUAAGGAAUUAUACAGUGCGCCAUGUGAGUGCCAGCACUUUAGCUCCUUUAUUUGAUGAGCUUCUCCUUGCCCAUGGUGGCAUGCCAGUGAACCAGCCGAAGUUUGACACUGAUGGUUUUGAGGUAGUGGAUACACCUUUAGUUACAAAUGUAGAUGACAAUAGGCUUGAUACUACCACAAUUCAAGUGGAUGAGGAAUGCUUGGCACGUAACUGUGGUGGUGAUAUCGUUCACGUGGCAGUUCCCAUUAUUACGAAACCUCUCGAGGAAGGCUUGGGCCAACCGAGUUUUGAGCAAAAGCUGGACGACAGUUUCGAAUUUGAUGACUGUGAAGCUGUCAUUGUGGAUAGGUUGGCAGGAGAACAUUCUGAUUUAGAGAAGAUUGUUGAUGCUAUUGAUCCUUGCGACAGUGAAACAAUGCAGUCAGCAUGCAGAUCGUCCAUUGAUAAGUUGAGUCUGAAAGGAUCUCCAGCAGUAAUCGGAUUGUCUCAACGACAGCGCUCUUCAGACAGCCCAUUAGAUAAGUUGUCUCCGUCUGCUGCACGGAGCUUGUCUGCAAAUCGCUUAUCGUCUGUUAGUCCUGAUGAAAAAAAGUCUCCCGUCGGUAGCAGAGCGUCGAAGAGGCUCACAUCCAGCUGCCCUUCUUCUAAGAAGUCCUUCUACAGUAAAGGCUUGUCAUCAAAGUGGAUGUCAUCUGGUAGCAAUCAUGAUGGAGAGCACAACGGUUCUGCUGGAACCGGUGCUCUUAACGAGGUAAUUCCAUAUGUGGAAUUUGACUGCCCUGCAUUAGUUGAUCAGCUGGAACUGAAAGAAAAUGGGGAUAACGAUGCUGUCAAUGAGAUCAAAUAGCUACUGGAGAUGGACUUACUACAACAGUACAACGGCAAUGGGCUGCUAAUAGCAUAAGUUUAGAUCUAUUUUCUGGUCUGUGUAUGAUCAAUAGUUUGGACUUCUGACUUGAUCUCUUUGCUAGUUUGCCUUUGGUGUGGACUCGAGCAGAGUGUUUGCUCAUGCGUGGUGUUUUAUUUUCACCACUCCAAGAACGUGGUUCUCACUUCUCAGCAAAGAUCAUAGUGCUUGGAUGAUCUUUGUGAGCUUAACAGUCGACGGGUUCUAUUUUGUGUGUGCUUGCUUAGCAUGACAACGAGGGUUAUGGUAUUCUUGUUUGAUGUGUCAAUAACUAGUAUCUUCGGGAUAUGAGGUCAAUGUAAUAUGGGUUUCUUGUA